ACGUUUCAUCCUAUUUCCAAUUCUUUUCAGUUUCGGUGCAGGUCUUGUCUGUGAGUAAUUGGUGCAGGAUUAUACGAACGCCUGCUUCAAGCACAAACAAUUAUUACCAGGUCUGCAUAAAAUUGAGUGCAGCAUACGCAUAUGGACAUGGACCAGGACACAAUCCACACGGCAGCAUGCUUCACCAUAGCAUUUGUUUUUCUCACCAUCAUCAUCUCCAAGAUCAUUGCAAGAGUCAGAACCAUUCAUCCCAUGCGCAAAGGACAAAGAUCGGCAGUUACUCGGCCGCCACCACAUGUUGUGAGCGGAGCUCCUCUAAUGGCAGCUCUGCUCACACUUCUGACACCCAUGAAGGGUUUACAUGCUGCCAUCCAUGACCUACACAUGAAGAUGGGCAGCGUGUUCACGGUGAACCUUUUUGGGCUCAAGAAGGUGACAUUUUUGGUUGGGCCAGAGGUUAAUGCUCAUUUCUUCAAGGGAUCACCAUCCGAGAUUGACUUCGGGGAUACUGCUAAGGUCAUUGUGCCCGUCCUCGGUCCAGGAGUUCUAUUUGGUGUGGAUUUGGCUACCAGAAAUGAGCAGAUCCGGUUUUGUACCAAGGCCAUACAGCCGGCGAGGUUGCGAAGAGACGUUCCUUCCAUGGUUAGCGAAGUGGAGGACUAUUUUGCAAAUUGGGGACAAAAUGGCACGGUUGAUUUAAAGGAUGAGCUGGGGCACCUAAUCGUGUUAAUCGCAAACAGAUGCUUGCUCGGCAAUGAGAUCAAAGGCAAGAACUUGCAAGAAGUGUCGAGACUCCUCCAUGAACUAUUUGAAAACAGCUUCCACAUGAUCAACUUGUUCUUCCCGCACCUCCCAAUUCCACAGCACCGCCGACGUGACGAAGUGCGCGGGAGGCUGGGAGAAAUACUUCAUGAGAUAGUCAGAUCACGUAGAAGAAUUACACCAGCCCGAUUUGCGGACGACGGUGACGACGAUGAAGGAGAUGUUUUGCAAUACUUCAUAGACUCAAAAUAUAGCAACGGCCGAUCCAUGACAGACAACGAGAUCGUCGGGCUACUCAUCGCCAUCUUGUUCGCCGGGCAGCACACUAGCUCAAGCACCAGCACCUGGACAGGAGCUUGCCUGCUGAGCCAUCAAAAGUACAUGGCAGCUGCCAGGGAAGAGCAGAAGCAAAUCAUUGAGCAAAAUGGAGAACCCAUAGACUACAUCACCUUGUCAAAGAUGGGUACCUUGCGUUGCUGUAUCAAAGAGGCACUGAGACUUUACUCUCCAACCCCAAUACUACUCCGGCAUGCACACAAGAGCUUCACCGUGCAAACUAGAGAUGGAAUGGAAUUUGAGAUCCCAGAAGGGCAUGAUUUAGCGUGCUCUGUAGCAGUGAGCAACAAGUUGCCUUACAUUUAUAAGAACCCUAAUAUGUAUGAUCCAUACCGGUUUAGUCUGGGGAGAGAGGAGGACAAAACCGGCGGCAAGUUAUCGGACAUAUCUUUUGGUGCCGGGAGGUAUUCUUGCUUGGGACAGGAUUAUGCUUUCAUGCAAAUCAAGGUGAUAUGGAGCUAUUUGCUGAGGAACUUUGAGCUUGAGUUGAUCUCUCCUUUCCCCGAGCUAGAGAAUGACAAAAUAUUACCGGGACCUAGAGGAAAAGUGAUGGUUACCUACACGAGAAGGUCAAUAGUUAAUUAGCACGCAAGCAUGUGAAGUAAUGAGUUUGUAAGAAAAAUAUAUCUUGGUGUGUCAUUUUUAUAUGUAAGAAAUUGAUAUGCUAAAUAUGUGUUAAAAAGGGAGAACAGUUUGCAUAUAUGAAAAUAUUCGCCAUCACCCUGGGAGUGGGAGUCAUGUGCGUAUGUGUAC